UUGAUUGUUUGUCUACGUAUGCUCCUCCUCUUAUCAGGAGAUGUUGAACUCAAUCCUGGUCCUAUGGUUGAUGAUCAACCAACUAGUGACUUAUUCGUAGAGUAUCUUGCACCGCUUGCUGAUUGUGAACUAUUUGCAUUUCAUCUUCCUGGAAUAAUACAACAAGAUAUAGAUGAAAUUAAAACUAAUCUAAUUUCUUACUUCAAGAUGAAAGCUUUGCAUGACAAAUGGAUAAAAGUUUAUUCCAAAGCAUCAUGGAGAGAAGUGAUUACUGCUUUGAAGGAAUGUGAAGAGAAUGAACUAGCUAAAAGCAUUGAAUUAAAAGUAGCAGAUCCCACAGGAAGAGGUUUCUAUGUAGUGAUUCCCAGUAGUAAUAAUCCUAUAUCAAGUAAUCUAGAUGCCAUAGUAAGGACUCAUUCUGCUAAACUCGCUGGUGCUAUUACUACUAACCUUUACAGAGUAACUGAUGCACUGUAUGCUGAAGGACUUAUAACAAUGGAUACUAAAGAGAAUAUACAAACAGUAACAGGAAUAUCUGAUUAUAGGAAAUCAAGUCAAUUAGUGUCCAUGAUACAACAACAUUUGGCAUGCUCUCUUAAUCCACCACAAUAUAUAACUAAAAUAUGUAUUGAAUUAAUAAACCAAAAGUGUGAUCCACUAAAAGAUAUUGCUACCAAAAUAGUAGACGAGUUAGUACAAGAUGACUCCGUUAACAGAAUAGGUUCCGUAUCUUGUACACUAGCUAAAGAGGAGCUUAAGCCAGGUGAUCACAUACAUGCACAUAUAUCAUCAUUCCACACUCAUCACGGUAUUUACAUUGGUGAGCCUAAUUGUGAUGUCAUUUAUUGCAGUCGAGAUGACAAAGAAUCAAAAUCGAGUGGUCAAAUACAAAAAACUACUCUGGAUAAAUUUCGUGAUAAAAAUAGACUCUGUUUAGUCGCAUACAAUUGCAGUACAGCAUCAAAAAUCUCUUCCUUAAUUCACAGUUCUUCCUGUCACACAGAGAAGGCAAUGCCUCUACCAGAAACCAGAAAGCUGGCUAUACAUUUUCUUAAUCAUCCAAAAGAAUGGGGUGGAUAUGACUUUGGCAGUGAACCAAGUGAAGUAUUUGCCUGCUUCUGUAAAACGGGUCUGAUGAAUAUUGCAGCACAGUAUCAGAUCUCUCGAUGGAUACCAAGUUCAAGCUCACAAGAGGAACCGCCUGAUACAUAUAAAGAAGCAUUGGAGAAGUAUCGUAAAAUAAAACGCCAAUUAGUAAUUCAUUAGAUUAGUUUGAUUAGUGAUUAUUAGGGACUAGUAUAUAGUGAUUAUUAGGGACUAGUAUUAUUAGUUUUGUUGCUA